GCUCGUAUCUCUGGCAAAGGCAUCAUCUGUUGCUCGUGAUGGCAGUAGGAUGUUGAUCAGGCUGCUACAACAGAGCUUCAGUGUUUUCCACUUUGCAAUAGUUCCCAUCUUCUUUGCAACUCAAAUAUUCAAACCAUACAAGAAGGGGAACGCAAAGUUUUUCUCAGGAAAUGUUAUAUGUAGAGUGCAUAACCUGUGAGUUAUUAAAAAAAAGACUCAGAAACAACAACUGCAAACAAAAUCACUUGAUUCCUUUUAUAUAUUUUGGCCAUGCAGAUUGGAAAAUUCUAGUGUCCAAAUUAAAUAUAAAUUUGACCUUUUAGAUAUUUUAGUUUGUGCUGGAGUAAAUAAGUAAAACAACUGUAUUGUAAGAGCAAAAUGAGGAGUGUUUUCAGAACUACAUCACACUUUCUGACGGAGAGGUGUCCAAACAUUUUUUAGCAAGGGCUACAUACACACAGCUUGAAGGAUCCGGGGCCAUUUUUAUACAUUUUCUCCAUUAAAGAUGCUAAAAACAAUCCAAUCUAGGAUAAUAUACAGUGUGGAACCCUGCAUAUAUGAGAUUCAGCGUUCACAACCCAAACAUUUGUGGAUGUUUGUUAAAUAAAUAAAACAAAUCUCUUAAUCACCAUUUUCAACUAUGAGUGAAAUAUGCCCAUUUUUACUGUGAACAGAAGGAGAAAUGACAGCAGAUGACAGUGUAUAUAUUUGUAUGUAUUUACAGCUAUAAAUUGAGUGAACAUUUAAAUCAAGCUAAAAGAUAGCACACGUGUCUAAAAAACUAUUUAGCUAGCACUCGUUUCUUAUAUAGAAGCACAACAUUUUAACACUUUAACCGUGUCAUUCUUAGCAAUGGGUUGUGUCCAAAGACACCAAAUCAUUUAAGGUGAAUUCACAUGUUUUGAGAGUACAUGUACAAUUGAUUUCCGAGCAUACUUAAAUGCAGCAGAUUGUUCUUCCGCAGUAAGAGUUACGUUGGUCAGUAAUAAGCAUAUACACUUGUUAUCUUUAUUUGUCUUUCUGUUUAUUUAGACCACACGUACAUGCAUAAUAAAGACAUUGUGAUGUUCUGAGUGUUCGUGAAUGCAUCUCACGGUCGUCGACUGACAAUGAGAAAGUGUGGUUCCGACGGUGAGGCGACUAGAGACGUGUUUGUGAGUUGGGAGAUGCUUUGUGCACAGUGCCUCCUGGACCUGUGCUCGUCCCGGAGAACAACACUGCUGACAUCCAGGUGGUUAAAAUAACCUCCGGUAGCGAUGUCACUCUGACCGUUGUGGUGAAUCCCGAAGAAAUGUUUUACCUAAAAGGCAAAGCCCUGAUGGUGAAGAAAGGACUGGACUAUGAGAACACUACCUCUUUUAGAAGAGUCUAACGACGACGACGACUUGUCCUUUUUUUCAAUAACUCCUCCUCCAACUCCACCACAACCAACGACGUAUGCUCGACCACUCCUCUUCAAAGGCAGUACAGAAGAGUGCAACUCUGGUGGUGUGGGUGCAAUGCAGCAGACCUGGUUCCAAAUCUCUCAACGAGUCUGUUGAAGUGGUCGUGGAAAAUAUCAAUGACAACCCGCCAAACUUUGCUCAGAAUCACUACAACCUGGAAGUGAAUGAGCUGACUCCAGUCAACUCCAGUGUUGGACUAAUCGAAGCUACUGAUGUUGAUUCUGAACCACUGUAUUAUCGCUUAGAGUCUGCCACGGAUAAAUACUUCCACCUGGAGAACAUCAACACUCCAAAAUUAGUUGUUAAAAGUGUAAUGGACUACGAUGUUGUGCAAAAGAUCUCUCUGGUUUUACAUGUACAGGACACAUUUAACGGUUCUGCUUCCGAUAAGCCCUUCUUCACAUCUGUGGUCACCAUCACCGUGCAUGUGAAGGACAUAGAUAACCGCCCCCCCUGGUUUCAGCCUUGUUUGAGGACUAACUUGGGGCUUGCCAAGCUGUGCGUGAGCGGCGGCUAUCGAGGCAAAGUCAAUCUGACUGAGAAGGAGGAGGGCCCACUGAUGCUGGAACCAGGUCCGGUCUUUGCUAAAGAUGGAGACAAGAACAGAAGCGAACAGAUCAGCUACAGAAUUUUAAGAGGGAAUGAAGGAAACAUAUUCCAGAUUGACGAGGACACGGGGAACAUCAGCAUGUCCAAAGCUGCUGAUAUCGUGGGCCCGAUAACUCUCACUGUUCUGGCAUCACAGGUGACCAACAGGGAUCAGUUUUCUGUGACCCAGGUGACCUUCGAGGUGAUGAAGAAGAGCAGGAACCCUCCUCGCUUUGAGAAGGAGCGUUACGAGGGAUUUAUCUACAGCAACUCUGUACCUGAAAGCAUGAUCCUCAGGGACCGCAGCACCUACCGGCCCUUCCGGGUCCGAGCUCGGGAUGAGGACUUUGCUGGUGGUGUGAAUCCAGACGUCAAGUAUGAGGUGCAGUACAGCAGCUAUGUCAACGUGACCUCAGAUGGUUUUGUGAUCCUAAAGAGAGUUGUGAAGACGGAGUCGUUUGCAUUGCAGCUCAGAGCAGUGGACUCCACAACGGGAGAGUUUGGCACAGCAGCCCUUUCUGUUCAGGUUAUUCCAGCUGACGCCAUACCGUCCCCUUCCAAUGUUGGCUACCGUGCGGGGGACAUGGCGCUCCUCGGGCUGGUCAUGGCAGCUCUGUUGGUCCUCUGCCUCAUCGUGAUUGGCUUUUUGAUUUCCCGCUUGUGGAAGGGCAACUCGGGCGCGGACAACAUAUGUGAGUGCUUGGACUGUCUGAAGUCUAAGCAGCCCCACACCGGCCACAGAGACUCCCUGCAGUACACCAACGACGGCUUCCAGAAUGAGGCAGACACAAGCCGUGGGCGCCUUCCCAGAAGGAGCACUUUCCCCCUGGCCGGGGGCCGAGUCAUGCCACUGGGGAGACGCAACCGCCACUGCUCCUCCUGUGGUGUCUUUGCAAACCACAUCCCCAAAGGCAGCCCGUCGGUGAGACCCUCUAGGAGGGGUAGAGGGGACGGGGAUGACUACAGUUCAAGGUCCAUGCUGGCCAAGCAGAAGAGGAGGGAGGGGCAGAAGACGGUGUGGUUCAAGGAGAGCGAGGACUCCUCGGACAUCGAGGUAGAGAUUAUCCCAGAUACCGUGGGCCGAGUGGAGGAGGAGACGCAGGAGGAGCUGGAGGAGGAGUUAGUGAUGGAGGGAGUGGUCAGAGACCCUGCUGCCCCCUGCGCACAGUCUGAUGAUGGGCAGGAAAGCUCCAGCCUGGAGCCCGGACCUGAGCAGGACCAUGGCAGCACUCCUGUGGACAAAGAGAAAGGAGGGAAUGAUCAGGAUGCCUGACACAAGAAACGUUGGGGUUUUUCUGGAUCCUGCAACCGAUCUGAACAGUCUAGUAUGACGCGUCAAACGCUGGAUCACUGCAGAGCACAGAGGUAAAGGUAGACCCUUUUUACUUGUGAUGUCGCUUCAUCAAGUUAUUGUCAGUUUUGCUAGCAAUCAUAAUAGGAUGUAAUGAAACGAAUAUCAGAAGAUAAAGCUACAUUAUCCUUCUAACUGUUUAUGCCGGGGUGCCCCAAGUGCAGCCCAGGGGCCAUCUGCAGCACACAUCUUCAUUUUUAUCCACUCCGCCCCCACUGUUUGUUUUGUGAUCCUUAUUUACUAUGAAUGAUAAUGAUGUGAACGAUAAUACAUUAUUGUCUCUCUUUUCCUUCUGAUAUUUAUUUGUUUUAAGUCUUAUUACCAUACUUACAGCGGUAUUGAAGAUAACUUCCAAAAAGAACCAAAGUGAUAAGGGUCUGUUAUAUACUACAGGGUGUCCCAAUAAGACAGAAUACAGACAUAAUACCCCAAAAAAAUGUAAUUAAAAUCUAACAAUAAUUGAAAUUGCCAUGUGUUUGCUUAUUAUUUACAUAUUAUAUGACAUAAGUAAAGGUAUAAUACAUAUAGAAUAUAUGGAAAUAAAUAUUACAAUUCAUAAAUUAAAAGAAGUAAAUAUCUAUAUGCAUUGCAUUUUACAUAAAAAGUAUUUUUUUAAAUAAUUGUAUAAUAUACAAUAUGCAUUUUUGCAAGUCCCUAGACUUUAGGAACACCCAGCAUAUAUAAAGCGAGGGCGAGAGAGAGAUAAGACAAGAUAGUCCAUGAAAUGGUGAUUAAUGUUUCUACUGACUGAACAAGAUGUCCAAAAAAAAAAACACAAACGGAACAGACAAUCAGCCAGGUUUUUAUGCAAAAAAGAAAAAACAGACCCGUAAUGCAAUAUUCACCUUUAUAGAGUAGGUUCUGUUGCUGUAUUAUUCUAAACUUUUUAGGAAACGGUGGUCAUACUGAUCAUCACGAGUGUGUUUGGUAUUAACAAAUGAUUGGUUUAAGCGUUCUCUCACACACAUGCAUGUAACAGGACACUGAUAUGAUAUGUACACCUAUAGAUAUAUCAAAUAAUUGUAUAAAAGUGAGGAAUAUUUUGCAUUUAUAGUAACUGUGUGCCUAUUUUUGCUCUCGAAUUGUGAAGUGUAAUUUAUUUGUAAACGACUGUGGAAAAUACACACACUGGUUCAUGGCCAUUUGUUCACAAGAAACACAUAAAUCCAAAGGGACUGUAAGGUCCAGUCUUUUCUAGCACCACAUGAGGUGCCGAAUGUACAAGUUCAAUCACACUUUUACUUUUUAGAUAUAUAUGUAUUUGGAAUAAUUAGCAAACAUUUUUUUUCACAUUUAGCUUGCUUUUCUCAAAACGUAACUCAUUUUCUUCACAUUUGAGGUCGUAAUUAAAUAGUGACUCUAAAUUGAAAUGCCGAAUUUAAAUGUUUAAUAUGAAUUUGAAUAAUAAAUGUUAAUCCAUCCGUCCAUUUUCUAUACCACUUGUCCUCAUUAGGGUCACAGAUACGCUGGUGGCUAUAAAUCUAAAUGUUAAAUCUAAAUCUAAAUCUUACAUAUAAAUGUUAAAUCUAAAUGUAGAUGUUAGAUGUGUUACAGAAAUGACAAUGACGUGGACUAUUUCAAACAUUUAAGAUUUAACAUUUGACUACAUUCUACAUUUUUUUUAACAUUUGUAUGCCGAUCAAAUUAAAUUAAAUUUUAGAUUUACCAUUUAGAUGUAAACAUUUAUAUUUGUCAUUUAAUUUCUACAUCAAAAUUGGGGAAAAUGAGUUACAUUGGGCUAUUUGCAUGUUUUUCUAAAUAUUUAAGGUUCCAAACAACACAAGAUGAGAUGUAGAUUUCCUGUGCGAGCACAAGCAAAUAACUGUUAGUGGACAGUCGACUUGAUGGAGGUUGUGGGAAGAAUUGGAAUUUACGGGAUGCAUCCUCAGUAGUGUUCCUCUGGGUCAUAGCGUGUUUCGGCCUUUUACACUAUACACCCUCACCAGAGGCAGCCAGCUGUCGGGUGAUCAGUCCUCAGCUUGCGUCCCAAGUCCAAUUAGCCAUGAGAAUCACCUUGGACAUCUCAUGGGACGAUGCAUGGCAGGGGCGUCCUGUUCCCUGAGUCAAGCCUAAGCCGACCGCAUACCUCCUGUCAAACUACUUGGCCCAACUGGGGUCGUUCCUCUUCAGCGACGAGGAACUAGCCACUGGCUGCUUCUUUCUGCGGCCUCCGAUGCAGCUUUGACGGCGCACGGUGGACGAUCUUCUCCACUUCUUUCCACGUUGGAGGACCGAUCUCAAAUUGAUGCUCUGGGGGGUCGAUUGGUGGCAUGUCUGGGGGGAUGGUCAUGCAUUCGUAGCGCUUUGGAUUAGAGUGCGUUGAUCUCAGGUGCUCCUCCAGGUCAUUCUUUGUUGUUUUUAAAACUCCACUUUUCUCCUUGGUGAAAAGAGUCUUAAGGAACUUGAAGGGAUCUUUAUAGAACCGAGUUCUUGUUUGUUCUUUAUUCCUCCUUCGUUUCCGUGAAUUCUCUGCUCUACGGAGGGAUGCUUGGAGGGUGCUUAUGCCCUCCUUUUCCACUUCCGAGGCCUUCUUCCAAAGCCUUCUGAGCUGUCUCCUCUCUUGAACAAGGCAUUUGAUUUUCUGUUGUCUUCUGGAGACUGGUGGAGUGGGAGUCUGUUUAAGCACCUUUCGACUGUAGGACCCCAAAGCGUUCUGCUCCAUAUUGAUAGAUGACAUUUCCCAUCUUCUCCAACUUCUUCUCCACUGUGCCUCGUAGUUGAUGGAGGGUCAGAGACCAGUCAUUGUUCACUGUUUCCCACAGCUUUUUCUCCGCAGCACCGGGCCACUUCACUCGCAGUUUGUAGCUUGGGAGGCUCCGCUCAACUGCAGGUCGGGGAGUUUGGGUGGGUUCCUCUGCUGAUGUUUGUUCCACCGCUAGGUCUGUGCUUGAACUUACCUCUUCCAUGACGGGGGUGCUGAUGCCUUCCAAGCUAUGGUUUUCGUCCAGUUGGUAAGCUUCAUUUGACUGAUUUGACUCCUUCCGCAGGAAGUAGUCAAUGCGAGGCCCCUGUCUCUCUUCCGUCAAGCAUCUUUUCCUUCCCUGCUGAAUCCUUAGACCCCGGAAAGAUGUUAUUUCCCUACAUAUCCGCAGCUUGUGGUUAAGAUGAACAUUUAACAUCGGAUAUCCAUUUAUGUUUAGAUUUAAUAUUUUAACAUUUCUUUAUUUAUAUAUAUAUUUCUAAUUGAUUUCAUAUUUGUUUUUCACAUUUAUGAUUAGAUUUGCUUUUGUUUUUUAAACAUGCAUAUUAGAUUUGAUACGUUUUUUCAUCCAGAUCUACCAUCUAGAGUCACCAUUUAAUUUCUAAAUGUAAAGAAAAUGAGUUAAAUGUGACAAAAGUGAGCUAAAUAUUCAAAUAUAUAUCAGCUAAAAAAAAAAAAAAGCAAUUGAAAUUUUACAGUCGGCACACACACAACCAUUGUAACCAAUCAUUCAUAUUUCUUGUACAGUAAUUAUAGUUGAAGGAAACUGAACUAAGCAGGGCAUGUUCAGAAGCUAAAGAAACCAACUUUGUUCAUUCAAAAAAACUAUUUUUUUGGUCAUAUAAUCCUGGAAAUACCAGUUUUCUACUAACUGCACUACUUUGUGUAAGGAUUCAUGAAUUGUCAUGACAACAGGCUGUAUGUUUUUGAGCUUAUCCAUUAUAACUUGUUGGUUCAAGUAUUGUUCAUUUGAGUGUUUGAAAUAAAAUUUUGACACUGCAGACUUCUUUUACACACACAAAUCUCCUUUCUCUUGUCUUGCAACUAUAGAACAUAUUUUUUGUAGAGUCAGCACAAAAUUUGUAGCGGAACCU